AUGGAUAAAUAUCAUCCUGGUUAUUAUGGUAAAGUCGGUAUGAGACAUUUUCAUAUGACUCGUAAUCAAUCCUAUUGUCCAACUGUCAACUUGGAUAAAUUAUGGACUUUGGUGUCAGAACAAACAAGGAAAAUCUAUGCUACUAAGAAGGAUAAUAAUCUUGUACCUGUGAUUGAUACUCUGAGAGCAGGAUACGGUAAAGUUUUGGGUAAAGGUCGUUUACCUGAUCAACCAGUUAUUAUUAAAGCACGUUAUGUUUCUAGACGUGCAGAAGAAAAAAUAAAAAAAGUUGGUGGUAUUGUUCAAUUAAUUACAUAA